AUGGACGACAGAGAGUACGAAGAGAUGAGGAAAUGCUUUCUUCCGGUAAGACAUCCGACGGAUGAGACGCGACACGAGUUGUCGGUCUCUCCCGCAUGUGUUCACCGUUUAAACCAUUGUUUUCCACGUCUUAAGAGCGCCGAAGACCUGGCCUUCGAGGAGGACAUCCUUCGGAACCCGUUUUCGGUGAAGCAUUGGAUGCGUUACGCGUCGCACAAGAAGGACUCGACUCCGGAGGCGCUGAAUAUGGUGUACGAGAGGGCCCUCCGGGAACUCCCCGGCAGUUAUAAGCUGUGGAUCGCAUUCCUCCGCCAAAGAGUGGCCCAAAUCAGUGGCAAACCGGCGACGGAUCCCACCGCCGAAGACGUGAACAACUGUUUCGAGCGAUCGUUGGUUUUUAUGCACAAAAUGCCGCGAAUUUGGAUCACUUUCGCCGAGUUCUUGAUGUCUCAGAACCGGAUCACGAGGUGUCGGCGCACUCUGGACCGGGCCCUACAGGCGCUGCCCAUCACACAACACAACCGCGUUUGGCCGCUGUAUCUGCGACUCAUCCGCGAGUACGACAUCCCGGAGACUGCGGUCCGGCUCUACAAACGGUACCUGAAGUUACAGCCGGAAGAGGCCGAGGAUUACGUGCAGUACUUGAUUGGUGUGGAGCGCGUGGAUGAGGCGGCCGUCCAGUUGGCGCGUGUCGUGAAUCGAGACGACUGGGUGUCCAAAGCGGGCAAAUCGAGGCACCAGUUGUGGACGGAAUUGGCAGACAUCAUCUGCAAGAAUCCGGACAAAGUGUGUUCACUCAACUCGGAGGCCAUUCUCAGGGAAGGCAUUAAGCGCUACACCGACGAGCAGGCGAUGCUUUGGAUCAGUUUAGCCGAGUAUCACAUCCGCAGCGGUCUCUUCGAUAAGGCGCGCGAUGUGUACGAAGAGGCGGUGCUGUCCGUCAUGACUAUCAAAGACUUCUCGCAGGUGUUCGACGCCUACGCCCAGAGUGAGGAGCAGUUGAUUAAAGCGAAGAUGGAUUCCGAGAGUGUGACCGAUGAGGACGACGCCGACCUCGAGCUACGUCUGGCCCGCUAUGAGGAGCUCAUAGAGAGGCGGCCAUUGCUGUUGAAUUCGGUGGCCUUACGCCAGAACCCGCAUAACGUGGACGAGUGGCACAAACGGGUGGCGCUCUUGGAGUCGAAGCCGGCGAAAGUGGUGGAAGUAUUCACCGAAGCCGUGCAGACCGUCGACCCGAAGCAGUCGUCGGGAAAACUGCACACUCUUUGGAUCAGUUUCGCCAAGUUUUAUGAAAAGGCCGAUCAGUUGGAGGACUCGCGGGUCAUCUUCGAGAGGGCGACGCAGACGGCGUUCACUCGGGUUGAGGAGUUGGCGGCCGUGUGGUGCGAGUGGGCGGAGAUGGAGCUGAGACACGACCACUGGAAGGCGGCGCUGGCGCUCAUGCACAGGGCGACGGCCGCCCCGCCCGGAGGCACCGCCGCCAAGCGGGUGGGCUAUUACGACGCGAGCGAAACGGCGCAGAAUCGGCUCCACAAGAGUCUGAAGGUGUGGUCGAUGUUCGCCGACUUGGAGGAGAGCUUCGGGACGUUCACGACGACGAAAGCCGUCUACGACCGCAUCAUUGAGCUAAGGAUAGCCACACCGCAGAUAAUCAUCAAUUACGGCCUAUUCCUCGAAGAACUCAAUUACUUCGAGGAGGCGUUCAAAGCGUACGAGAAGGGGGUGUCGCUGUUCCGGUGGCCCAACGUCUACGACAUAUGGAACACGUAUUUAACGAAAUUCAUGGACAGGUAUAAGGGCUCGAAGUUGGAGCGGGCGAGGGAUCUGUUCGAGCAGUGUUUAGCCGACUGUCCCGCGAAGUACGCGAAGACUAUAUACCUGUUAUACGCGAAGUGCGAGGAGGCGUACGGUUUGGCGAAACACGCGAUGAAUAUCUACGACCGCGCGGUGGAGGCCGUCCCCGCCGACGAGCGCUUCGACAUGUAUAACGUGUUUGUGCGGAAGGCGUCCCAAAUGUUUGGCGUCACUCACACGCGACAGAUCUACGAGAAGGCGAUCGACGCCCUGUCCGACAGCCAGGCGCAGGAGAUGUGCGUCCGGUUCGCGGAGUUGGAGCGCAAGUUGGGUGAGAUAGACAGGGCUCGCGCCAUAUACGGCCACUGCAGCCAAAUGUGUGACCCGCGGACGUCCGCCAACUUCUGGAACACGUGGAAGGAGUUUGAGAUAAAACACGGCAACGAAGACACCAUUCGCGAGAUGCUGCGCAUCAAGCGCUCAGUGGCCGCCACCUUCAACACUCAAGUCAACUACAUGUCCGCCCAGAUGUUGGCCGCCGUUAAUCCCGGCGGUGGACAGCCGUCCGAUGCGGUCACUCGCAUGAGUGCGUUGGAGAGCAGUGUCGUCGAGACGAACGCCGAUAAUAACAUGAGAGCCAAUCAGCAGAAGAGUGCGGUUAUGUUUGUCAAGUCGACCACAAAAGCCGUCGAAGAGAUCAUAUCCAGCAAAAGAUGGUUCCGAGAGAAGUGUUCGGAAGUCUUAGACCUGAAGAGGAAGACGACUGAAUCCAAGGACUUAUUGAGUGUCAUUAAAGCCCUCUUCCAUGGCUUCGAGCAUAACAUCGAGACUGUCGUCAAAGUCUUCAUCAGAUUCGUCGACUAUUUUUCUUUUAAGACAGCAAAUCCCGACGAAAUCGAUAUCAACGACGACGACGAGGAUGAAGAGGAGGACGCGGAUGACGGGGAGGACACCGGCGCUAAGAAGUCGACCGAUAUCCAGCAAAAGAUGGUUCCGAGAGAAGUGUUCGGAAGUCUUAGACCUGAAGAGGAAGACGACUGA